GGAGAGGAAAACGAACAGCAGGAUUAUAGGGGUCUAUUUUACGGUCGGCUUUUAUCCAUCCUUCUCAGCAUCACCUCGCCUUGCUUUUGCUCCCUUCGUCUUGUAUUUGUUUAUGUGAAACAAAGGGCUCAAGAUGAGGGGACCGAGAUGGAUAGAGGCCGACUCUAACUAUUCGCUCCCCAAGUGGAUAGUUUUUUCACGAGUCGGGGCAUCACUUUGCCAUACAGAUCGACGGUGCAGAGAGUUCUCAUAGCACAACAAGAACAUCCAUCCUCUUCAUCAGUUAUUUUUCCUAUUUACAACACCUCAAGUACACAAAGUACUACCAAAACUUCAUCUUUUAGUACACCACUUGUUUCGACGGAUACGGAUUCAGUCGAACCAGAAGAUAGGAAAGCAGCACGAUUUGCAGAGGAAGAUGCUACGACAGAGGUAGAUAGUACUGCAGAAGACGACGAAGACUUGGAAGGAGCAG